CCCUGGUGGUGAGGGGUUUAUGCUAGAAACACAAAUUAAAACUUCAAGGUUUUUCUAUUUUUUUUUUUGUCCUCCCCUUUUUAAAUCUGCAUUGAUUGUUUCCUUUGGAGUCUGCAAAUAACAUCCCUAUUGCUAUAGCAGAGCGAGUGUCCUCUGUUGCAGCAUGUGCAGAACUCUCUGCUGCUGAUCCAAACCAUGAACUGCUGCUGCUUUCACUUCAAGAGAUUUCCUCCUACAUCAGCUAAUACAGCAGAUCAAUGCUCCAGUAACCCAUCUGCUGCCAGUGGUACACACAUGCAGGUUAAAUGAAUACCUGACGAAAGGGCCCACGUUUCAAGGCAGUGACAUUUGAUAGCUGAGAGGAAAAGUGGCUUUAAUGAAAAUCAACCUUUGGAAUUCCUGCUUGUGAAAAAUCCCAUUCGGCAUCUUGUGCUGGCACUAAAGACAUGAUCAGCAGCAGCAGUGUAUAUGGCUUGAAGAUGCAGUGGACGCCAGAGCAUGCUCAAUGGCCAGAACAGCACUUCGAUAUAUCGUCAACCACGAGGUCACCGGCUCAUAAAGUGGAAGCAUAUCGUGGUCAUUUGCAACGCACUUACCAGUAUGCCUGGGCCAAUGAUGAUAUAUCAGCUUUAACUGCAUCAAAUCUACUGAAAAAGUAUGCUGAGAAAUAUUCUGGAAUAUUGGAAGGAUCUAUGGAAAGACCUCUUCUCAGCAAUUACACUGAAGCUCAGUCAGGCCUUGUGAAUGGUCGAAAAAAUGAUGGAGAACCAUGGAACUCAGACGUCUAUCCUAUGAAUUGUGUUUCCGAUGUUAUUGCAGCAAGCAAAACUGGAGUAGGAGCCACUAUACCUCCAUCAGAUGCCAGCAUAGGCAGUUCUCCUGGGGUGGGCAACAACUUGACAGAACCUAGUUAUUCCAGUAGUACAUGUGGAAGUCACUCAGUUCCUAGUCUACAUUCAGGGCUACCGUCUCAGGAAUAUGGAGCAAGCUAUAAUGGCUCCUACCUGCAUUCAAGCUACAGUAGUCAAUCUGCAUCUGCAUUGCCAUCACCUCAUCCAUCCCCACUUCAUAGUUCCGGCCUCCUACAGCCUCCUCCACCACCCCCAUCAGCUCUUGUACCAGGCUACAAUGGAGCCUCUAACCUUUCAAGCUACAACUAUCCACCUGCAGGCUAUCCUCCACAGUCUGGUGUUGGGUCAGGGUAUAGCCCUGGAAGUGCACCACCUCCUUCUGCUUACCUCCCUUCUGGUAUCCCUGCCCCAACUCCUCUUCCACCAACAACAGUUCCAGGCUACAGCUAUCAAACACAUGGUUUGACCCCAAUUACUCCAUCAAGUUCAGCUAGCUCCCUCAAAAGAAAAGCGUUCUAUAUGGCAGGACAGGGGGAUUUAGAUUCUAGUUAUGGAAGCUAUAGUUAUGGACAACAAAGAACCUCACAUAGCCCUAUGUACAGAAUGCCCGACACAAGUAUAUCCAACUCAAAUAGAGGAAAUGGCUAUGACCGAAGUUCUGAGUCUUCAUCCUUGGCAUUCAAACCCACAAAGCAGCUAGCUCCUACUGAUCAGCAAAGAAAAUUUAGCAGUCAGUCAACAAGAGCCCUUACACCACCUUCAUAUAGCACUGGAAAGAAUUCAAGAUCAAGUGAAGCUUUUGGAAAAUACAACUCAUCUGCAAUCAAUGAACACAAUGAAGAGCAUAGACAACUGCUCCCACAUACUCUGCAAGGCCCUGGACUUCAUACAGCUACCUCAUCCAACCACUCUGUGGACGAACAGCUGAAGAACACUGAUACUCACCUCAUUGACCUUGUAACUAAUGAGAUUAUCCACCAGGGACAUCCAGUUGACUGGGAUGAGAUUGCUGGCCUUGAUUUGGUAAAGGCAUUUAUAAAGGAAGAAGUAUUAUGGCCUGUUAUCCGAUCUGAUGCAUUCAGUGGGCUUACAGCUUUGCCUAGGAGCUUACUUUUAUUUGGACCUAGAGGAACGGGCAAAACAUUAUUGGGCAGAUGCAUAGCUAGUCAGCUAGGUGCCACAUUCUUUAAAAUUACCGGCUCUAAUCUUGUCACAAAGUGGAUUAAUGAAGGAGAAAAAAUUGUCCAUGCAUCCUUUCUUGUGGCAAGGUGUCGGCAACCUUCUGUAAUUUUUGUAAGUGACAUAGACAUGCUACUUUCUUCCCAAGUAGGUGAAGAACACAAUCCAAUAAGCAGAAUGAGAACAGAGUUUCUUAUGCAGUUAGAUUCCGUUCUUUCAUCUGCUGAGGACCAAAUAAUUGUUAUUUGUGCCACAAGUAAACCCGAAGAAAUAGAUGAAUCUCUAAGGAGAUAUUUCAUGAAGAGACUUCUUAUCCCUCUUCCAGACAGCACAGCCAGACAUCAAAUAAUAAUACAAUUGCUCUCACAGCACAAUUACUGUCUCAAUGACAAAGAAGUUGCACUCCUAGUGCAGCGCACAGAAGGUUUUUCUGGACUGGAUGUUGCUCGCUUGUGUCAGGAAGCUGUGGUUGGUCCUCUCCAUGCCAUACCACCCUCAGACCUCUCAGCUAUUAUGCCGAGCCAGUUGAGGCCCGUAACAUACCAAGACUUUGAAAAUGUAUUCUGCAAAAUUCAGCCUAGCAUAUCACAGAAAGAACUCGACACGUACAUUGAAUGGAACAAAAUGUUUGGUUGCAGUCAGUGAUAAUAAACAUUACAAUGAAUGCUGGCACACAAAUUUAGGUGACCAAGGGGUAAGGGUCCCUUUUUGGCAGUGACCUAAAUGAUAAAGGUAACAAGGCAGCCAAAAUAGACUUGCGUCUUCAGAUGGUAGACUUUAAUGUGCAUCAAACAGCCAAUGUUCUGAAUUGAAUGACGUGACAGUAAGCAUAUUUUAAUGCUUAGUUCUGUUUAACGAAACCGACAUUUACAAAGAAGCAGGGUGGACAUGGGUUGACAUUGGAAGGACAUGAAUCCCGUGUACUGAUUCCAUUCAGCUGUUCUUGAAAUUUAGUUGCUGUCAAGUGCCUAAAGUGGUGCUUUCUUUUUUUGUUUGCCUCACAAUUACAUUGGUGGCAUGUGCUAAUAUUAAGAGCUUUAACUUCAAACAUUAAUGGACUAUAGAUGAACAGAUAAGUUGAAAAGACAGAGAGCCAGAUUUUUUUUUGCCAUGUUACGAGCAACAGUAUUCCUCAGUCCUGUCUGUUCUGCAGAAGGGAUAAGAAAAUUAAUCUGGAACUUAAUUUCUGUAGUUUAUUUCUUUUAACGUUCUGUCUGCAAAAAUGACAAACAAAAAAAAACCUCAGGAAAGUUGAUUUGUACAGUACCUCAAAGGAAUGUGUUGAAAGCACUAUUUACUGCUGAGAGAGAUGGUUGGCGUCAUUGUUGCUUUAUAUUACAAAUGUAUGUUUACCUCAAAAAAAUUGGAAAGUGGCAUGGAAAAUUACUUUGAAUGUAUUUGGUUGAUCCUAAAGAAAAUGGCUAAUGUCUUGCCAUAUUAAUUUGUAACUGACUUCUCCCUAUGUAAAUGAUACGUUAUUCAGAAUGACCAUUUACGAUAUUAAAUCAAAGUUUUUUUUUAAUAAGUUCAGAUGGUGCAAGUAUUCUUUAUAAAGAGAUAUAUUUACAGAAACAAAAUUUUUAUGGCCGUAAUGAACUCAACAUCAGUCCAACAACUGUAAAAACAGUUUAGUUUUUAUUAAAGGAAAUCCCCAAUAUGGUCAGUUGUAGGCAUUGACAUUAUAGGUAGCCUUUAUGUUUCCUAGAUAUACAUUAGCAUCUACCUGAUAUGUUGCACAGUUUUGCAGUUGACACAUUGGCCAAGAAGACUAAUGGUUACAGUUGAUAAAAAAAUAAAAAAAGUGUGGAUCGCUUCAGGUGACCAUAAAAAAUAUUCAGUUUAGGCCUGGCCUACACGGUGACUUCUGGUUGUGCUGUCAAUAAACUGCUGUGAUAAUGGUAAAAACAAGAGCUACUUUGCAUUGGUUGGAAAAAAUUCAACCUUGUAGGAUUUUUUGGUAACCAUUGCAAGAUUGCUUGGUAUUUUUUAUGCUAUAGGAAAUGACUGCAGUGAAGACCCGAUAGCCCAGGCCUUAAAUUUUUUUUUUUUUAAAAGACCCAAAAUGUUUGCUAACCUUGUAAUUCUCCAUUACCGGGGCUUAUGGCUGGCACACAGAGGACGUUUCAUUCGGCCUUCCAAAGUCAAGUUGAUAUAUGGGCUGAAGACAUUCAGUAUUAGCAUUGCAACCAAAAUACAUAUGAAAGUGAGAUUUAUUUAUAUUUUUUUUAUUUAAACAAUGUACUAUUGGGGUUCUUGUACCUGUGUUUUGGCCUAGAAGACAUACCUUUCUUCAUCUUGUUAUAUACUCUUGGACUACAUGUGACUCAAGAAGGCUAUAAAGAAACCAUAUGCCCUUCCAUUUCUGAAGAAAUAUUUUGUUGACACUCUUUUCCAAACUGGAAAAUUGAAGCUUUAUUGCAUAACUUUAAUUUGACAAAUAUUUAACAUUGGUUUAUUUGUUCUUGAUAUUUGAUAUGUGAUAUUAUUCCAUGAGCUAUUAAUAUUUUAUGGUUGCCAUUACUGGCUCCAAAGAGUCUAUCCUCCUGUUUUUUUUUUUUUUUUUUUUUUACCUACAGGUACCUACGUUUACUAUGUAUUUUUAAACAAUUGUCUAAUACUUGUGACAUUUAUCUUUUAUUUUUUUCCCCCCUAACUUGUACUGUCACCUACUGUGGUUUGUUUAUUUUGGCAGUUUUGUUAUUUACGACAUAUCAAGACAGCUAAUUGAUGCUGGGUGAUGCAUUUUGAUCGAGGAGUAGUGUACAGAUUAUAGCUGUCUCACGCCUGCCAACUCAUGAGCAGGACAGCUUGGCUUUUUUUGAAUGUAUUGUUUUUGUUUACUUUAAAUGGAGACAGUGGCAAAGCUGUUCCAAAGCACUGGCAAAUGAUGUACAUUUUCGACAUUAAAUAAAUGCACUGAACAUCGUACAGAGAAAUUCCAUUACAUUUGCUCCUGUUUAUUUGUUUACUCUCAGAAACAAAUAUGUUUCUCUUAUUAUUUUUAGGAAAGUUUGAUGUUGAAAAUGAGAAAAAAAAAUGAAAUUGCACUUCCAAAG